AUACUGCAGUUGUCGACAGUAACUACGUUGCUCGUAAUUUCGUGCAGAGCUCUGAUAUCCCACGAUUUCAUUUUCUUUCGAAUAAAAAUGAUAAGUAUUUUUAUACAGCUGGAUGAAAUUCGAGCUAUUUUUGAAACGAGCAUUGCGUAAUUCAAAUUUAAAUGCCCCGUUGCUUGUCGCACUUACGACGACGCAGAUGGCAGCACAUAGCAGGCAAGUAUCGCGAAGCCGACACUCUCUUCAUGUGGCUUUACAUAAUCCAAGCCAGACCUCCAGUGUUAUGGUGGAUUCUGCGGGACAGUCGUGAGAUAUCAAGUUUCCUUCCGAAAGCUCGUCGCAGCUUCGCAUGGCAGAGGAGAAGGACCUUAGCGAGGGAACUGUACAAGGAACCUGACAAUCCUGUAACAGCAACGACAGUGAAAACACAGCUGCUGAUAGCAGUCAGACAGUUGCUGGGUACAGAAGGUGCAGCGCAUAAGGUUGAUAUACUCAAGUACGAUCAAUCGGAGAGAAGAUUCAUUUUACGCUGUGAUUCCGACCACUACGUGAGACUGAGAGCGGCAUUGACUUUGGCCAGUACUUUUGAAGGAGAGCCUUGUAGCUACAGUGUACACAAAGCUUCUCCUAACUUGUUGAGCUUUACUGCCAACAGUAGAACAUACAAGCAUUAAGGGUGUUAAUUCCUUUGUAAAAUAAUACAGAGCAAUCAUGUCCAUUGUCAGGAAGGAAGGUAAAGAUACUAUUAUCUUUGCAACAAAAGAGGAUCAUGCAACACCAAGCAAAGUUACCUUGCCAGCACCAGAGCCUAGUCCUGGUCUGAUUCUCCCAAAUGGAGAAAUAAACUGGAACUGCCCGUGUUUAGGAGGAAUGGCAACAGGGCCAUGUGGAGUUGAAUUCAGAGAGGCCUUUUCCUGUUUCCACUACUCCACUGCCGAUCCCAAGGGAUCAGAUUGCUACGAAGCCUUCAAGACGAUGCAGGGUUGCAUGUCCAAUUACCCUGCACUUUAUGCCAAUAAAGGAACAGAUAUGGAUGAUUUGGACAACGAGAGUGGUGAACUUGAAAAUAAAUCCGAAGACAGGAGAGAUCUCAAAGAAGAUGAGGUUCCUGAAGUCAGGAAUGAGAGUAGUCAAAGUGUCACGAGUAGUAAAAAGGAAGUUGAACCUGCUAAAGCUCAAUAAAAAUAGUUAGAGAAAGUUUGUUGAACAAAUAGUUUUAUAUGAUAUCUAUUAAUAUUCCACUGUCAAUCUCGCCAAUUUUUGUGGCGUGUUUUCUGCAAAAAUCAAUCAUAUUGCCAAAACUGUUUUUAGUUUAAAUAACUAGAAAUAUACUUUGCAUCUAAAAUUUUUGUACUUGUUUUGACUUGAUGAUUGCGUUGAUUAUGAGUUUUACUUUUUUUUUUCUUAUUUUAUUCGGCAGAAUAAAAAUAAAACGGAUCAACGCAAUUCUGUAUGUAUGUAAAUGUUAUGAAAAUUCUUUUUUAUAACUCUCUAUGCUAUGAUAAUGAUGAAUAAUAAAAAAAUGGUUUACGUUGUUGAAUCAUACACAAGAGAGUAA